CGUAAUGUCGAAAUUCGGCUCUAUCAUAGAGGUUUUUCGACCCUAUUUUUUUACGAAUGCUGUGGCAGAAGGCGGAUCCGAUAAUACUGCUCUUAUGCGACUUGAGGACUAUGGUUUCACCUGGGCUGCCAGUGCCUCAGGAAACGCAUCAGACGAAGGAUUUGGCCCAAUUUCAACAAGAAGAGAAGUUGAUUUUACAGUGGAGUUUGAAAAUAGUGUGCUAUUGAUACUUCCAAAUUUGAUUCUAUUCACGCUUGUAGCUAUUAGUGCAGUUCGAAAAGGAUUUUUAUUGAAGAGAUACGUAACAAAAGCCAGGACAUCAACUAAGUCGACGAAGACCAGCAAAAACACACUCAAUCAUCAACAUCAACUUCAUCCUGAAGAAGUUGACGAGGAGCUCAAAGUCCUUCUGCCAGUUGAUAACCAUCUUUGGAGAUAUCGAGUUUUACUAGUACUUAAACUGGCCACUAGCGUUAUCUGUGCAGCAUUAUUUUUGGCUUCUGCUGGAACAUCUGUGCUGAGUAAUGCUGGUGGAUCCAACAUCUUUGGCUGUUGUGUAUGUGCUAUUGGAAUGUUAAGCGCUUUCUACAGUUCAUGGAGGCAACACGUUUCGACAUGGCAGACUUCCAUAACACUGCAGACUUACGGAUUGCUAAUGAUAUUUGUUCUAUCAACUCGACUUCGAACAGAAUGGAUCCGGGAAGAUAAGGCCAACGACUCUUUAGCAAUCAUCCUCUCCAUCACACUGGCAACCUUGGUGAUAUGGACGACAUUAGAAGUUAUACCAAGGCUGACUUCAGCUAAAAGACAAAGCAUGAGAUUACCGCCUGAUAUGACAGCAAGCAUAUUUAGUUUGAUGACGUUUCAAUAUGUGCAGCCACUUUUAUCCAAAGGCUUCCGGUUACACCGCAAAGGACAGGAUAUGGACACUGAAAUGCUAUUUCCACUUCGCCCCGAUCGAAUAACAAAACGGAUUGGCUCUAACCUCAUUCAAGAGUGGCAACGACAAUUCAAUAAGCGAGGUUCAGGCAACAUUUGGAAAGCCAUUAUUCGUCUAUAUUUACCAGCGACACUUGCACCUAUGACUAUCUACAUGUUGUAUACCGCCAUCCAGUUCUCAAAUCCAAUGCUUUUAAACGGGUUUCUAUCAUGGAUUGCAACAUAUGGAACCAAUAUGCCUGGACCAGUAAGGCUCGGAAUAGAGUAUGCGUUUGGGAUGUGUGGCAUAAGUGUCGUAACCUCUGCUUUAUUCGCUGUUUCAUUAUUCUUCCUCAACCAAACAAUUCUUACCAUCCGAGGAGCAGUUAUAUCAGCUGUCUAUCAAAAAGCUUUGCGAUUGAGCCCAGAAGAAUUCAAUAAGAGAAGUAUUGGCGACAUCUCCAAUCACAUCAGUGUCGAUGCUGAGUCAUUAGUAGAAGGUGACUUAGCCAUUCUGACCAUUAUUGGUCUACCUGUCUCCAUGGCAUUAGGGCUGUACUUCGUCUACCUUCAGCUUUCUUGGGCCGUUUUUCCUGGUCUUGCAUGGUUCUUAUUGAUCUGCUUUGGAGUUCAAGGUCGAAUUGGAAAACAGUUUGGAACAGCGAUGAAGCUUCGUUUGCAGAACAUGGAUCUACGAGUCUCCUUGGUCAACGAAAGUAUCAGUGGAAUCAAAUUUGUAAAGUUCAACGCCUGGGAAAAGCCUUUUAUCAAAAACAUCUUGGAAAUUAGGUCCAAGGAGCUUGAUGCGCUCAAGCUGCGCGCCAAGGUGUUUGGAAAAAUGAUCUUAACAACUCAGCUCAGCAAGAAUUGCACGCCUCUCAUUAUGUUCUGGAUAUAUGUCAUGGUCAUCGCGAAAGAGGGAGAGGCCCUGGAUGCCAACAAAGUAUUUGUCAGUUUGGUUAUCAUUAACCUAAUCUCGGUCAAUAUAGAAAUGCUCUCCUUUGCGCUAUCUUGGUUCUAUUCAGUGCUUACCAGCAUGAAGCGUAUUCAAAAGUUCCUGAACGCUGAUGAACUAGUUCAAGAAGAUGAUGACAAGAAAAGAUUGCCUGGUCAUGAAAAUGAAGAAAAGGUAUCUGAGCAGAAGCCCAUUGUAUUUCAAGAUGCAAUGUACACAUGGUCAAAAUCCGUAGACGAUGCCAAGUUCAAGCUGAGUAUUCCUGAACUCACUGUUAACGACAAGGAAUUUCUGGCUGUGGUUGGUCGAGUUGGAUCCGGAAAGUCAUCUUUAUUGAGCGCUAUACUUGGCAACAUGUAUCACCAAGAGGGACAUGGUGCUAUGCGCAUUGGUCCAGUUGCCUACUGUUCGCAAAGUCCUUUUGUCAUGAACGCUACUGUGGAAGAGAACAUUUUAUUCGGACAGCCAUAUGACAAGGCCAUUUUUGAGGAAUGCGUAGCGGCUUGCGCUCUAGAACCGGACAUGGCCAUGCUACCUGCUGGAAUCAAGACAGAAAUUGGAGAACGAGGUAUUGGACUUAGCGGUGGUCAAAAAGCUCGAGUGGCACUGGCAAGAGCAUGUUAUUCUGUGAAGACAGGCUAUACCUCGGUGAUCAUACUAGAUGAUGUUCUCAGUGCAGUCGAUGCUCACACUGAUAUGCAUCUUUUCAAGCACGUGCUUAGUAGCGACAGUGGUCUGCUUCAAGGCGUAACUAGGAUUUUAGUAACACACGCUGUGCAUCAUAUGGAAAAAGUGGAUCGUAUCCUUUAUCUCGUUGACGGCAAUGCAUCUCAAUUAGGCACUCAUUCGGAACUUAUGGCGUCAGAGGGACUGUAUCAAACACUUAUCAAUGAGUUUGGUAGGUCAGAAGCAGCUGAAUCUGCUGAGUUUGACAAAAAAGACCAUGUAGCGGCGACUGGCGAUACGGAAAUGACUGAAGCGAACAAAGAAGUGGAAAAUGGUAAAUUAGUACUGGAAGAACAGAUGAAAUCUGGACGAGUGACGUGGAAGGUAUAUGCUCGGUUUAUCGCUGCAGGAGGCGUCGUCAACUUCUUUGUGACCUCUGUAAUACUUGCAUUUCAUCGGGCAAUUUGGUUCGUUGGAUACUACUGGCUUAGCAACUGGCUUAAUCUGGUCAACCCCACGCACUCUCCUGCCUACUAUUUGGGCAUAUAUACACUUAUGCAAAUGCUGUCGGUUGUCUCUCAGCCUGGAGGCUACUAUUUUGCUCUCAGUACCUUUGGCGUUAGAUCCUCAAGAACUUUAUUCGAACGUAUGCUGAACACCAUCUUCCGAGCACCCAUGAGUUUUUUCGACACCACACCUACUGGCCGACUUCUCAAUCGAUUAGGAAGUGACAUGAACCAAAUUGAUAUUUCCUUCAACGAUAAGGUCUUCGUUACAAUGGGACAAUUCGACCAAGUAGCAGCGUCCUUGAUAGCGACGGGAGUCGCUACACCAUACCUCUUUGCACUUGUGCCUCCACUAUCUGUAAUCUACUAUUUCAUCAUGCUAUUUUACCAAGCUACGGCAAGAAGCUUACGAAGGUUGGAUGCUGGACGCACCAGAGCACCUAUGUUUCAACAUAUCACUCAUACACUUGAAGGCAUGCAUACUAUCAAGGCAUUUGGUCUGACUGAAACAUGGGUCAAGGAGUUUCAUAAACGUGUCGACCUUAAUCAACAAUCAAAGCGCAUGGAAUACAUUCUCUUAGGAUGGAUGGCUUUCCGACUGGAGUCACUUGGUGCAUUUUUGAUCUUGGCCACUUCCAUCUUUGUAGUCAUUGCACGGAAGACAAUUGCUCCUUCGGUUGCAGGCUUGGCUGUCAGUACUCUGAUGAAUCUAGUCAUGUUCCUUAGUAUACUGGUGCAAACCAUCAGUGAGAUGGAAAUUGGCGCUGUUCAUGCGGAACGCGUUUUGGAGUUCACAGAAAUACCAAGCGAGGCACCUUUGGAUCUACCCGGAGAUGAUGAGCUCAAGGAAUGGCCCACAAAAGGAAACAUCCAAUUUACAAACUUCUCUGCGAGAUAUCGUAAGGAUCUACCACUCUCACUCAAAAAUGUGAACGCAAAAUUUGAAGGUGGAAGCAAGAAUGCCAUUGUAGGACGCACAGGAUCUGGAAAAUCUACCUUGACUUUGGCUUUAUUCCGUAUCAUUGAAGGAACCACAUAUAGUCAUAAAGACUCUGAUAGCGAAGCCACUGUUCCAAGCCCACCAUCAACAGACUCUGAAAAAGGCUCACCGGAGCUUGAAGAAGUUGGAGGUACUGUAACCAUUGAUGGGGUUAACAUAGCUGGUCUAGGUUUGGCUAAGCUGCGGUCUGAAAUUGCCAUUAUACCUCAAGAUGCCACCAUGUUUGGAGGAACUUUGAGAACAAACUUGUCACCAUUUGGUGAGCACUCUGACAAGGAACUUUGGGAUUCAUUGGAAGCAGCAGGACUCAAAAAGCAUGUUUCCGAGAACAUGCAAGAUGGCUUGGAAGCAAAGAUAUUACCCGGUGGAACCAAUCUAUCCAAAGGACAACUUCAGCAAGUUGGUUUAGCAAGAGCUAUGUUACGAAAAGCCAAAAUCCUAGUACUUGAUGAAGCAACCAGUUCGAUGGACUUGGAAACUGACGCUGUUAUACAAACUGCCAUUCGGACCCAUUUUGCUUCCUGUACAGUCAUUACUAUUGCACAUCGUAUUGCAACAAUUCUGGACAGUGACUACGUGCUAGUCAUGGAAGCUGGAUCAGUAGCGGAAUACGGACGUCCAAAGGAGUUACUAGAAGACUCCUCAAGUCUUUUUGCUCUACUGGCUACAGAAACUGGGCAGUAAAUUACCUACUUGAAAGACGUUUAUGCAUGUACAUUUCCCAAUCAAAUACACGAUAGACAAAUUGUUUAAAAAUAUGAUGUAAAAUAUCCGGAAUGUAGAAAAAGUGCUUCCUGUAGUAUGUUAAAUAUGAAUUACAAUAAGAAAUGCAAUAAUACACCUGAUUUCUGCGGUG